AAAGAUUAUCUCGCUGAUUAUCCCUCUCGCUCUCUCUGUCUAUCAUGUCCUGGUCGUUCUCGCGUCACCCCGGAUAAUCGAGAGACGCCAUUUUUAAUUUGAACUACUACACCGACAAGCAUGCCGUGAGCUCUUUCAAGUUCUUCUGUCCGACCAAAGAAACAGAGAAUACCGCCCGGACAGUGCCCGGAGUGAUCGAUCCAUGGAAAAUCGCCACUGAAGCGAACCGGCGUAGCUUGUUCCGAAUUUCCAAGUGCUUCCCCGUAACAUCCGCAUAUAACAAGCAGCCCAACAACAAAUACAGCAUCGAGAUGCUGGAGUUUGUAAGGCCGUUGCAGAGCAUUCUGCAGAUCAAGCAGGUCAACUCGACCGAUCUCGUAUGGCGGCUUCACUGUCGUGUGACGGUGUUCCUGCUGCUGCUAGCGUCACUAUUGCUAUCCGCCCGUCAAUACUUUGGCAAUCCGAUCGACUGCGUGAUCGGCUCCGGCACGGUGUCCUCUUCGACGAUGAACGAAUUCUGCUGGAUCAUGGGAACCUACAUUAGCAACGAUCCGAACUUCGUGUUGGAUAGCACCGAUUUGGUGAAGAUCAAUGCCAAGAUUGGACACAUCCCGGAGAGUGAGCGAUCCUACCAGAAAUACUACCAGUGGGUCGUGUUCAUACUGGCGCUGCAGGCGUGCAUGUUCUCGGUGCCCAACUUCCUGUGGAAGGCCUGGGAGGCCGGUCGUCUGCAAUCACUGUGUGAUGGUUUGACUACACCCAUCCUUCCGGAUCACUGGGAGAAGACACGCAAGAAGCAGCUGAUCACUUACCUGUCGGCCGAUUUCCCCCGCCUGCACCGCACGUACCUGCUGCGGUAUUGCUUCUGCACGCUGCUCAACUUCUGCAACGUGCUGCUGAACAUCUUUCUCGUAAACGUGAUCUUUUCCGGCUUCUGGUCGAACUACCAUCCCGCCGUCAAGGCACUGCUGUCGUUCGAUUUUCCCUCCUGGAACCGGUACAACUCGCAGGUGUUUCCGAAAAUUGCUAAGUGUGAUUUCCACUUCGUCGGGCCGAGCGGUUCGAAGCAAAACCGGGACGGACUGUGCCUGCUGCCGCUGAACGUGGUCAACGAGAAGAUCUUUGCCUUCAUCUGGCUGUGGUUCCUGGGGCUGCUGGUGAUAUCGAUGCUGAAUCUACUCUUCUGGAUAGUGGUGCUGUGCAGCAAAGGCUUUCGCCUUUGGCUGCUUACCGCUCCACUGUACCCGAUUCGUACGUCCUACGUCGCACGUGCGCUGGACGGUCAGGGCGUCGGACAGUGGUUCUUGCUCUAUCAGCUGUGUCGCAAUCUGAACCCGAUCGUCGGCCGAGAGCUGGUCCAGAGUGUGUCGAAGGCGAAGGGACACAAUGGUCACAAAACGUUCCGAAUGCCGAAGGGUGGUGAACCGGACUUUUACACCGAUCCGGAAGGAUACGAUGAGGAAGGCGUGUGAGAGGACGGCGAGAAGUAAUCAUAUGUCCGCAUUUUGCGCAAACCAGGCGCUUAGACAAUUUGCGCGUAAGCACAUUCGAAAUGUGAAAAGCUGAAAGCAGUGGUUUCGCCAGCCCGAGUUCAGCGAAACGGAUUCCUUCCAAGUGUUUGCAUUCCUGGCGGAGUGUU